GGUUAAAUCUGGCUUGCAUCAGAAACUGAUCGCUCCCCGGCCAUAUCCGAAGGACCUCCUUGCGGAAUCUACCGCUAUUGAAGCUACCAUUGCGGAUGUGUCCCAAUGGAAUGACCGGGCUAUGUAUGCAAGGCAAGGCAGAUCCAGUCCUAUAUUGAAGGCACUUUCACAAAUGCAGAGCUGACUAGUGGUUACAGUCAUUGGACGGAACCGGCACCUUCUGGCGACUCUCAACAAGCGAGCUCGUAUGCUAAAGCAGUGCUAUUUGAUGGAAUCUUGGCCUGAACAUCAAAGUCCGCCAUCUGGGACAUUGACUGCUUCAGAAGCUGUCGAUGCCUCAGCGGAACUCACUAUGGGAAGAGCAUCUACACCUCUCAGCGAAUUAACUUCCCUCUCGGGAAUCGACCUAGAGGACGGUGCAGCGACGCAUCCUCGGGCGUCUUCUUCCACGGAGGGCAACCUUGAAGUCUACCGUCAACCCCAGAGCGACUCCAGGGCAGCAGAGCAUUCGAUUACUGCCUCGCUAGAGGAAUCACUGUUCGAAGGCAGAGAAAAGGGCGAAAGAUAGAUAAAGUCAGUAGUCGCUGUUUCUAUAUAUUUUAUUAGUAAAGUUUGACAGGAAGGUUGCCUAAUU